GGUCUCUCUGUGCGACCGUGCCUUUCCAGUAUCCGCCCGACCGCCCCUACCGCAACCUGUAGCCGCUGAUGGCUUCGACGCCGGCGGCCGGCCCCAACGGCGUGGCGUCGCCGGCGGGGCAGGCUCCUUCGAGCUCGCUCCCCGGAUUUCACGAGGCCCCUCCUAGCGUGCUCAUAUCGAGACCUUCAUGGAUCGUCCGCAGCGAGUCAAAUAUUAGGAGGGAGAGACCAAAAAGGCCUGAUCCUCCAUGCACCAUCUGCAGAGGCACAGGCAAAAUAGAUUGCCGCAACUGUUUUGGUCGAGGGAGAACCAAUCAUGCCGAUCUUGUCAUGCUCCCGAAGGGCGAAUGGCCACAAUGGUGCCGUAUAUGUGGUGGUAGCGGGUUAGAUUACUGCCACCGUUGCCAUGGAACCGGUGAAUUUCGAGAACCCAUGGGCUUUCACUUCGCUACCAUCCACAGGAAAUGAACUUCACCUAGACAGUGUUGUAUGGUUGACAGUCCGACAGAUCUGUGUAGAGAAAUCAUAAUUACUUCAUGAUAUACAGUUCAAAGAGUUGAACACUACUAGUUUAGUUCGUGAAAAACUCCAUUUUAGUUUAUCGCAAUGCUCGUGUUAUGGAAUCCGGACUGCUCGCAAUGACGGUCAUCAACUCUUUGAUAUAAACUGUCGGGCAUUGUCCCGAGCUAUUUCUGCAAA